AUGGCAGACAGAAUGGCAAGACAGGUCUACAUUCUGUGGGAUGAGAGUGCGUCGCCGAAAGCCAGCCUCGGUGGUUACACUGUCGUCGCAGCAAUAAGGACGUUCGCGAGCCGUCUGGGCGUCAUCAAGGCUGUCAAGUACUAUGCGGACAUCUCGACCAACUCGAAGGCCCGGAUUUUACCGGGCCUUGCAUCCGAACUGCAAUGCUCUGGUGUAUCGGUUAUCGACACCGUCUCCGGUGGAAGAGAGGGGGCUUCUUCAAAGAUGAUGCUAGCUGACUGCUUCAUAUUGGCCUUGGACAAUCCAGACCCUUCAAAGUUCGUCCUUGUGGUUAUCACUGCCGACCCAGACACUUGCUACAGUAUCUCCUCACUCAGAUUGAGGGGCUACUGCGUUCCGGUAAUCUGUCCACUCAAUACCGAUGUCAACAUCGCUCGCCUCUCGGACCUCCGUACCCUUGGUGUUUCAGCGUGCAAUACCCUUUCUGAGAUUGCUGCUAAUGUACGAGCAAUGUUGGACACUGUGACAGAAUCUCAGAGCCCUUCAUCCAACGAGCGCUCGCAAAGCCUGACCUGCCAGUCCUAUAGUCCGGUUCAACCACAUCGUCGGGACUUGGAGGACAAAUCUCCUCAAGGCAACGUGUCACAGUCCCCCGUCCAACCAACUUGGUCGACUUCCCCGUUCGCCGUUCCUCAGCGGGAGGAUGAUGAACCAUCUAUCGUACCCUCCACCUCGACAACCAUGCAUCAACAACCUGCUUCCUCCACAACUGAAACCCUCCUCCGUGACGCUGUAUCCUCUCCCUCUACUUCGAUCCCAGAGGCCCCAGCGGCUCGAUACCCCGCUCUGUCGCCUCUACGCUCGACUGCGACCCCAUUUUCACCACCUCAGCAUCUUACGGCGCCGUUUUCUCGACCAACAAGUAGCAACACUGCAGUGGACCGCGAACUGCAGAGCGUUCCAUCGAGGACCAGUGAAGACGAACAUCCUGGAGAAGCCCCCGCCACUAUUGCGAACCCGACACCUCGGGCUUGGAAUUGCGGACCCGUCUAUCCCCCCAAGUUUAAUUUUACAGGACCACCGACUACAAGCGACUGGCAGAAAGUUUGGAACAUUUCUUCGGAAACGUUCGUCGGCUCGUCAGCGACCACAGCAAUCACAACCACGACAGCACGAGAAAGGGAGGCUGGUAUCCCGGCGCAUUUCCGUGUUCUCGUCGAGGUAUUGCGGGAACAGAGAUCCAAAGGCAUAUCCGUCAUGCAGCGCUGUGCUUUGACAAAACCGCUCCAAAACCGGGAUCCCAAAGUUUUCGUUCGCGCAGGAACGAGUCAAUUCAAGCGACCGAUCAAGCAGUAUCUCCAGGAGGCAGAGAAGCUUGGGAUUGUGACUAUCGCCAAAGGCGGGAAGACAAAGUUGGCUCCUGCCUGGUAUUGA